ACUGGGCAUGCUCGGCAGCCCGGGAGGCUCGCUGUGGCAAGUCGGAAGCGUUCGCACCAGCUAGGCAGCGGCAGGGCAGCGGCGGCGGGCGGCGGGCAGGACGGGAGCGGGAAGGGCCGGCCGGGGCAGGCUGCUCUCCCCUUGCGCCUGGAGAGCCGGCCGGACAGCGCGAUCGGGGUGCGGAGCCCGGAAGCUGCCCUGCCCCGGAUUUCAUUCCGCGGCGGGGGGCUCGGCGAGCGGAAUUCCGGCGGCUGCCGCGACUCCCGAGCAAGGUGAAGGCAGCAUGAAUGGUCCCUGGAUGUGCCUUUGGGCAUAUUUAGCCAUUUGUUUUUGAUUAGGAGAAGGAAGAAGGUCAUCACUUGGAAGGCAAAGCUUCAGUGACUGAAGGAGUUGUGGACUUUCUGAAUUUUAAAAGCAGUGAAGUUGGAGCACAGUAGAGGGUAUAUAAAAGGCAAUACAGAUUGGAAGGAAGACUGAUGAAGAAAAGUAACAGCAUGAUUCAGGCACACCAUUGAGUUCUUUGGGAUGCACAAAAGCAUCUGGUUGGCAAACUUAUGAACUAGAAGACAAGACCCCGCCUCAGCAAGCGUACAUGAGAAUAAUUUUAAAGGAACCUAUCAAUAAACGCAAAACAGUAGCUGUUGGAGGUGAUGGAAAUGUGCUGGAACAAUGGGAGAAGCUGGUAGCUUAUAGGAAGCCAAGAUGACAAGAACGUUUUUAAAUAAUCCGUAUCAGACAAGGUCCACAGUCUCAGAACUCAGUGCCGUUAUGGACCCUGCCGGUCAGUGGGUGGCAGUCAGUGCCUUUAUGGAAUGGAAUUCCUAAGAACAGCUGUCAUUGCUGACCUGGCUCCUUUCCUGCCAUUGUGGAGUGUCUUGAAUGUUUCCUGCCUGUCUUGCCUGCCCCUGGAGCUCAAAAGGAAAUAGAGAGCAAGUGAGAAGAUACAGGAAGGAAGAGUCCCAUUCAAAAAUGAGGUGAGUUAAUGCUCGGGCACUCAGGAACCUUGGAGAGCUACAUGAGGUGUUUAAAAACUUCCUUGACCAUCUUGCCAAACAAGUCUCUGCUCAUGAGGCCCGACAGGAUGAGUGAGCCCAGGCGAGACGGCGUCCUGCCCUGUAGGAACGGUGACUGCUGACCUGCUGAGAGCGAGCUCGGCCUGCCUGCUGUCUGCCAGUACCAUGAAGGAAGUGGUGUAUUGGUCACCCAAGAAGGUGGCAGACUGGCUGCUGGAGAAUGCUAUGCCAGAAUACUGUGAGCCUCUGGAACAUUUCACAGGCCGGGAUUUGAUCAACCUGACCCAAGAAGAUUUCAAAAAACCCCCCUUGUGCAGAGUCUCCUCUGACAACGGGCAGCGGCUCCUGGACAUGAUAGAGACCCUGAAAAUGGAACACCACAUGGAAGCACACAAGAACGGCCAUGCCAACGGGCACCUCAGCAUCGGCGUAGACGUCCCCACACCCGACGGCAGCUUCAGCAUCAAGGUGAAACCCAACGGAAUGCCAAACGGAUAUAGGAAGGAGAUGAUAAAGAUCCCCAUGCCAGAGCCAGAGCGCUCCCAAUACCCCAUGGAGUGGGGCAAGACUUUUCUGGCCUUUCUUUAUGCACUUUCCUGUUUUGUUCUCACCACAGUGAUGAUCUCGGUCGUCCAUGAACGAGUACCUCCUAAGGAGGUGCAGCCUCCACUACCGGACACGUUUUUUGACCAUUUUAACCGGGUGCAGUGGGCCUUUUCUAUUUGUGAAAUUAACGGCAUGAUCCUUGUAGGACUCUGGUUAAUUCAGUGGCUGCUCUUAAAAUACAAGUCUAUUAUUAGCAGAAGAUUUUUCUGCAUAGUUGGCACGCUGUACCUGUAUCGGUGUAUUACAAUGUAUGUAACUACACUCCCAGUACCUGGUAUGCAUUUCAACUGUUCUCCCAAGCUUUUUGGAGACUGGGAAGCCCAACUGCGGAGAAUAAUGAAGCUCAUUGCUGGAGGCGGCUUGUCCAUCACUGGCUCCCACAACAUGUGUGGGGACUACCUGUACAGCGGCCACACGGUCAUGCUAACACUCACCUACUUGUUUAUCAAAGAGUAUUCCCCUCGACGGCUCUGGUGGUAUCACUGGAUUUGCUGGCUUCUCAGCGUAGUUGGAAUCUUCUGUAUUCUCUUAGCGCAUGACCACUACACUGUGGACGUGGUGGUGGCAUAUUACAUCACCACGAGACUCUUCUGGUGGUAUCACACUAUGGCCAAUCAGCAAGUGCUAAAGGAAGCUUCCCAGAUGAACCUCCUGGCCAGGGUGUGGUGGUACAGGCCAUUUCAGUACUUUGAAAAGAAUGUCCAAGGAAUUGUACCUCGAUCUUACCAUUGGCCUUUCCCCUGGCCAGUCGUCCACCUCGGUAGGCAAGUUAAAUACAGCCGGCUGGUGAACGACACAUAACAGCUGUACAAAGUGGGGGAAAGACGAAUUGUCCGAAGUGCUAAGAACUCCAUGAGAGAAGAUGCCAUAAAAUAAACACCUCCCUAGUCCUAUUAUCUUUCAAUGAUUACCUUGACUUAACCUAUUGAGUUACCUGGUCAGCACUGUGAUCUUUUUUUCUCUCCAAAGGACCUGAGUUGGACAACAAUAAAGAAAAAUUUAACCUAUCAUGCACUGUACACAUUUCCUGUUCAUAAGUUUGGGAUUUACAUAACCUGCGACCACCAUGUUCCUUUGUAUAUGAUGCAACAGCAUAAAUGUAAGCUUUUAUAUCAUAAGUUCUGGUCUUUCCAGUCACAUCUGGAAAUAAAGCGUAUUAUUUUCUUGGGAAAACAUACUUUUCAUAUCUCUUGCCCCAAAGAUUGGGCUGUAAGCCAUUUUCUAGCAAAUGUCUCUAUGAAGGUUUCUAAGUACCUGAAUGGGGUUUGAUUCUGAAAUCUUUCUACCUGUUGCACCGAUAUUCAAAUAAAAAUGACAGACACAGAAAGGUUUGGUAACUUUGCGUUUUGUAAAAUCAGCAGAGACGGUGUGUCAAAAAGUGCAAAAAAAAAAAAAGAUUCUGUUAUAAAGUGAUUUUCUAAGUAUUUCCUAACUUUAUUUUUCAAAAUGAUGUUAUGAAACCAAAUUUAAAGAUUUUUACAUGUCAGAGAGAAGAGAGUUAAAAUUUAAAAAUGCAUCUUGGGAGAGAAAUUUGUCUAUGUUUCUAGUGCCUUUCUUGUCUUGAUUGUAUGGUCAGUAGGCAAUCUUAAAUGUUUUUAUUUAAAAUAAAGUAUUCCUUGAAAAUAUAAAUGUAUGUAUACACUACUCAAUUUUGCAUUUAUAGCUAAAUUAAAUCAGAAGACUGUGGACGGUUUUAAAGUUGCAGUGAACUGAAGAAUGGGGAUGUUAAUUGGAGAGUCAGAGCCUGUUCACAUAUUGUGAACAGGUAGCAAUGACAUGUACCACUUAAAAUUAUUUUAUCGUCUAUUUGGUAGUUCAAUUUUAACUACUCAAUGAAAACAGCCAUGAAUAUCUUUUUUUAAAAGAGAGUUUUGAAAAUGAUCACUUACCUAAAACUUGAAAGCUAUGAAUUAGUUAUCCAUACUCUCAUGACAAUUUUGUUGAUGACCAACAAAAAAGAGAUCUAUUUCUUUAAAAUAUAUUUGUGCAGAAACUGCAUGUAACUCUAAGUUUUACUCCUAACAUAUGUAUGUUCGGGGAAGUAUUCUAUUCUAUACUUGCCAACGUGGAGAACAAAAUAGUUUUUUAAGAAUGAAGAAGUAUAUAUAUCCAUCCUGUAUUUUACGUGCAGCAGAAUUAUCUUCCGUAGGGUUUUUUUGUGUAUUCACAAGGUGAUAUUUGUAUUGUAAAACAAUAAUGGUGAAGGAAAUAAAAAGGCUUUUAAAAUUUUGUUUGUUUUAAAUCUUUGUAAAGUUAUUAUUCCAGAGAAUAUACUGAUAUCUUACAGCUUACCUAGAUCAUAAAUUAAUCAAAAUGCACUUUUUAAUAAAAACUGAUACUUAAAAUAAA